CCUCGUACAUAUUUACCCCCUUUUGUUUGUACUAUUUUUUUUUCUUAUUCGGAAUAACUCUUGAAAUCUCUUCGUGAUCUUAAUCUUUCUUUGUUUAUCAUCUUGCUGACGUUGGGAUUUCAAGAUGAAUUCCGCCGAGAAAAUGGCGCAAAUGCAAUUGCGCCAGAAUUAUAGGAAUAUGUGGCACACCGAUCUCUUGGGUGCCGUCGGAGCCGAUGCUCCUUUUUGUUGUUUUGCGUUGGUAUGUGGACCAUGUGCUUCGUACAUUCUGCGUAAACGAGCUCUUUACAAUGACUUGUCACGGUACACAUGUUGUGCUGGCUACAUGCCAUGCAGUGGAAACUGUGGAGAAAGCAAUUGCCCUGAAUUUUGUCUGUGCUCUGAGGUAUUUUGUUGCUUCUCGAAUUCAGUUGCCUCUACACGCUUCUUAUUACAAGAUGAAUUCAACAUUCAGACUUCGCCAUGUGACAACUGCAUGAUAGGUUUCAUGUUCUGCCUCCAACAAUUGGCCUGCAUAUGCUCCUGCGUUGCAUGCUUAACCGGCAUCGACGAAAUAGGAGACCUUGCCGACCUCCUGACCUGCUUGUCCGACAUCGUCUAUUGCUCGGUUUGUCCAUGCCUUCAAACUCAACACAAAGUUGAAAUGGACAAAAGAGAUGGUCAGUUUGGUCCUCCUCCAGUUAUGGCCGUUCCUCCAAUGCAACAAAUGUCACGCCUUGACCAGCCAAUUCCCCCGUCGGUUCACUAUCCACCUUACGAGGAGAACCUGAAAGGCGGCAGCAUAGGCCAACCGCCGCCGUAUCCCGGCACCGGCUACCCGCCGGCCAGUUACCCUGGCGGUGGGUACCCUCCGCCGCCGCCGCCGGGAUAUGGGCCGCCGCCGGGAGGAUACCCUCACCCCGGAUCAUACCCUCUUCCGCCUCCGGGAUACAAUCCACAUGCAUAUCCACCGGGCGGAUACAAUCAAUCGCCGGGAUAUCCUCCGUCGUACCCACCACCGCCGAGUGCUUAUCCACCGCCGGACUACAAAAAGUGAUUAUAAUUUUGUAUAUUAUGACGACGAAAUAACAUACAUCUUCUCUAUUAUUAGCAUACGUAAUGUACAUAAAAAUCCAUUGUAGAUAUACCAUCCUCUACUUUUUUUUUUUCCAUGGAAAAAUUUAAUUUGAUACCCAACUUACCAUCUAUAGGAGUACAAUCCUUGAUCACUUUUUUUUGUGCUUUUCCUAAGAAUAACUCGUGUAAAAAUUUUAGCAAAUGCUUGUUGUGUAUUUAAUUAACUUCUAACUACAAACAGACGUGGUUAGGUCAAA